AUGUCCCAGCCAUUCAGAACUGUUCAGCCGGGUGAGCGAGUUCACGUCAGGAGGAGAGGUUGGACGACAACCCUUGGACGGCGUCUACUGCCUCAAACUCCUCAAGGACCGCUAAGGCUUGACUGGGUCACUAUGGCAACCGCUUUCAUCGGGCUUCCCGUGCUCGUCAAGCUUCGCACCGGCCCGAACGACGCUGUUCAAGGUGUCCUCUCGUCGCUCGACCCGGCCGCUGGAACGCUCACACUCACAGAAGCUCGAUCAACGAUUGGAGGUGUCGAGCGACUCGACGGGAUUCGACUACUUGCGAGGGAAGAGGUCGCCGGGCUCGAGCUGUUGAGCGUGGAUCGAGGGGCACCUCUGCAGACGAGUAACCUGGUCCAGGCAGACGGUGUGCGGCGGAGCACGCCCCAGAAGCCUCUUCCGCAGCCUACGCCCUCGCAGCCAGCCUACCUAUCUCCUUCACCAGUCCCGUCCCCCUCGCCGCUCUCUGGCUCCCCUCGAUCUGCCGAACAAGCGCGAAAGCGCGGAAACCGCGCUGGACGACGGAAGCAAGAAGCUUUGCAGCGCUCCCUUCAGCCGAACGACGAGUACCCUUCGCAUAGUCCGUCGCACACGCCGUCGUUUAACGAGGACUUCGACUUUGGCGCCGGUCUGGCGACGUUUGACAAGAAGGCGGUCUUCGAGCAGAUCAGGAGCCACGAUGACACCGACCCUGCACUCCGCCUCGUCGCGCACAACCGGAACCCGAGCCGAACUUCGCAGACGAAGAUGCUGCCGAGCGAAUCGGUCCUCUCGCCUCAGGAGCUGUACGACCAGCGACAAGAGGCGCUGUCGAUAAGGCAAUUGGCUGGAAGGGAGGCGAAGGCGAGCAUGACGCCGACGGAUAUGUCGAGGAGAAAGCCGGAUGGGGAGGAUGCGACACGACAGAUGCAGGCUUUGACGCUGGACGAUGAGACAGAUCCCAGAGCCGCGAAAACGCUAUUCACUGGUCGAGGUGUGUCGGUACCGGCGGUCAAGGCGAAGCAGUGGAAGGAGGCGCUCUCCAUCGCAGAAAUCGAAUCCGCGCCAACGACGGCACAACGACUCGAAGCCUCGGCGAUUGCCCUCACAACCUACAUCCUUUCCCAUAUCUGUCUCUCCCAAAAUCUUCUUCCCCUGCCCUCCCCGCCUCAUUCCCGACCUUCCAUCUGCCUCCUCUGCACCGACGCCGAGAAAGGCUACAUCGUCAUCCGAGCAGGCGUGACCCUUGCGAAUCGCGGAUGUCGGGUUGUUGCGCUGGUCGAGGACGGUGCAGACGGGAAGAGCGAGGCGUGGAAGACGGCUGUUCGGGUGCUCAGUUCAGCUGGAGGCCGGAUCGUACGGGAUGUUGCAGACCUUGCGCCGACCUACAACCUCGUCAUUGAUGCACUCGCCGCACCCGGUGGCAACGAUGCCGGCAUGCUCAGUCCCCGGCUCGACGGCACCUCGACUCCAACCUCGUCGGCAUCAACUAGCGCUCUCUCAGUCGCGGCAGCAGAAUGGGCAAACAAGGCAGACACACCCGUCGUCAGCCUGGACGUUCCGUUCGGCGUCAACCCUGAUACUGGCUCAACCCUUCCCUCCGCCUCGACGCCCAUCCAAGCGACGCACAUCCUCUCCUUCGGGCUCCCUGGCGCCUACCUCCUCUCUCCUUCUUCCGCCGUUCUCACUUCCGAUACACACAUCGCGCUCGCGGACGUCGGCUUCUCGCCUGCGCUGUGGCAGCGAGUAGGAGUGGAGGACUUUGACGCUGGGAUGUGGGGUGCGGAAAAUGUUGUCGAGCUGAGGCGGGCGUAG